CGGAGCCGUGCGCCAUGGCCGCCAGCCGCCUGCCGCCCAGCGCCCUCACCCUGCGGCAGUUCCUGAGGCGGCAGCAGGUGCUGCAGCUGUACAGGAGGAUCCUGCGGGCCAUAAGGGACGUCCCUGCUGAGGCAGACCGCCGCCAUCUGCAGGAGUGGGCGCGGGAGGAGUUCCGGAGGAACAAAGAUGCUACAGAAGAGGAUGCAAUCCGGAUGAUGAUUACUCAGGGCAACAUGCAGCUGCGGGAACUUCAGAGAGCACUGAAGUUGGCCAAGUCCUGAGUGCGGUUGUGCUGACAGCUGGACUUUCAUCUGCUGCAAAUAAGGACAGUAUUAUUUUUGUCCAGAAUGUGGUUAUAAUAGCAGCCUUUGGUGAUGUCCUGAUAAUACCUGAAGGUAGAUCUACCACAGUGGGUUUGGAUUGUUGUUUUUUUUAUUUUCCCCUUCUUGGCUCGUUUACUCUUCAAUGUGGAAGUCACUCAGAGACAGAAGGCCUAAAAGAACUGAAUGGAUAAUGGAGCACGUCCUUCAGGAAAAGCAGAAAGCCCCCAAAAUUACAACAGCAGUAUUUUGCUAGAGAGAUGAAAGAUAAAUAGAAGCCUGUUUAUUUUGUCUCUCUCCUGCAGUGGUACCUCUGUGUGGUAACAUCUGUGGUGGUAGCAGCCUUUUCUCUACAGUGCUAGGGAUUUCUUUUUUAUGAAUUAAGAGAGCAGAAGUAUAUGGGAUAAAUAAAUGAAAACCAAAGAUGGUAAAACAAUGUUUCAUCAUAUGUCUUUUUUUUCUAAUUCUUCCUUUCUGUGGAAGUUACUGUGGAAUGCUUUCCUAUGGAGUUUAUUUGACAAAAGAUGUGGCUCUGGCAACCGGUGAGAGUGUUGGGGAUUGUAUAGUCAGAAGCCUUUCAGCUUCUAAAUCAGUCAGUGAAAGAUAUGUAUUUAUAAAUAUUUUGCUAAAAAUUUGUAUUUUGUUAACACUUUCUGGUAGAGAGGCAGGGCUGCCACGCACCCACUGGAUCAGGCUGCCCAGGGUUCCAUCCAACUUGGCCUUUAACUCUUGCAGGGAUGGGGCAUCCACAGCUCCUCUGGGCAGCCUGUACUGUCCAUCACCCUCUGGAGAUGCCUCCACAGAUUGGGCAUCCACAUUCUCAGUGUAAGCGUUAUAGUUUUGGUUCUCUACAGUUGAUAUUUAGUGGGAGAAAAACAAACAAGUGAAAAUGAGCAUUUUCCUUGUGGUAUCCAUAACUCCAUGAACUGUGCACUCCUGCAGUCCUUGUCGUUAACGCGAUAGCUUUACUGAGACGAGAGACAUAGGGAGCCCAUUUUACUGCUGCUCUUUUAGACAGCUCUUUUGUGCUGUUCUGCUCUCUGACGUAACUCACAGAGCCAUUGUUCCCAGGUACAAACAGAAGUUUCAUUCAGAAAAACAAGUCAUUUUUUUCUAGUUUGGUCUCUAAAAAGAUGUUUUUUUUUCAAAUAGUACUAUAUGAAAAUCUGUGCUGGAAGAGCCAGUAGUGACCAGCAGCCUUUGACAGCACAUUCUUUUAAUGUUGUGCUUCAGCAAAUAAACCAGAAAAGAGCAAAUGACAUAA